CGCGAGGGGACGCGGGGAAAAUGUGGACUGUGUAGAGAUGAGCGGCACUUGUCUCCGAUGUUGGAUAUUUGCUUGGAAAAACGCGUGGGUACGACCUUGGCUGCCCCGAAGUGUGACUCCAGCAGCGCUGUGAGGCUUCAAGGGUUGGCAGAGGGGACCAUGAAAAUGGACAUGGAGGACGCGGAUAUGACUCUGUGGACAGAGGCCGAGUUUGAGGAGAAGUGUACCUACAUCGUGAACGAUCACCCCUGGGACUCUGGAGCCGACGGAGGGACUUCGGUUCAGGCAGAGGCAUCCUUACCCAGGAAUCUGCUUUUCAGAUACCCGGCAAACAGCAGAGAGGUUCUUGGAGUAGUAAGUAAAGAAUAUAUACCAAAGGGAACACGAUUUGGACCUCUAAUAGGUGAAAUCUACACCAGUGAUACAGUUCCCAGGAAUGCCAACAGGAAAUAUUUUUGGCGGAUCUACUCCAGAGGGGAGCUGCACCACUUCAUCGAUGGCUUUAACGAGGAGAAGAGCAACUGGAUGCGCUACGUGAAUCCGGCGCACUCUGCCCGAGAGCAGAACCUGGCUGCGUGCCAGAAUGGGAUGAACAUCUACUUCUACACCAUUAAGCCCAUUCCUGCCAACCAGGAGCUGCUUGUGUGGUAUUGUCGGGACUUUGCAGAAAGGCUGCACUACCCUUACCCUGGAGAGCUGACAGUGAUGAAUCUCACACAAGCACAGAGCCACCCAAAGCAGCAGAGCACUGAGAGGAAUGACCUUUGCCCCAAGAGCGCCCCAAAGAGAGAGUACAGCGUGAAAGAAAUCCUGAAAUUGGACUCCCACCCCUCCAAAGGAAAGGACUUGUACCGUUCGAACAUUUCACCCCUCACUUCAGAAAAGGACACGGGCGACUUCAGAAGGAACGGGAGCCCCGAAAUGCCCUUCUACCCCCGGGUCGUGUACCCGAUCCGGGCCCCUCUCCCGGAAGACUUUUUGAAAGCUUCCCUGGCCUACGGGAUGGAGAGGCCGACGUACAUCCCCCACUCCCCCAUCCCGUCCUCCACGACGCCCAGUCCCUCCGCAAGAAGCAGCCCCGACCAAAGCCUCAAAAGCUCCAGUCCCCACAGCAGCCCAGGGAACACCGUGUCGCCUCUGGCCCCCGGGCCUCAAGACCACCGGGACUCCUACCCCUACUUGAACGCGCCCUACGGCCCCGAAGGCCUGGGUGCUUACCCUGGAUACGCGCCUCCCCACCACCUCCCGCCCUCCUUCAUCCCCUCCUACAAUGCUCACUACCCCAAGUUCCUUCUGCCCCCCUACGGCAUGAAUUGCAACGGCCUGAGCACCAUGGGCAGCAUCAACGGCAUCAGCAACUUCGGCCUCUUCCCCAGGCUGUACCCCGUCUACAGUAACCUCCUCGGUGGGGGCAGCCUGCCUCACCCCAUGCUCAACCCGGCCACUCUGCCCAGCUCGCUGCCCUCGGAAGGAGCUCGGAGGUUGCUGCAGCCGGAACAUCCCAGGGAGGUGCUGGUCCCCACGCCCCGCAGUGCCUUCUCCCUCACCGGGGCCGCCGCCAGCAUGAAGGACAAGGUGUGCAGCCCCACCAGCGGGUCGCCCACUGCGGGCACAGCUGCCACGGCGGAACACGUGGUGCAGCCCAAAGCUACCUCAGCAGCGAUGGCAGCCCCCAGCAGUGACGAGGCCAUGAAUCUCAUAAAAAAUAAAAGGAACAUGACUGGCUACAAGACACUCCCCUACCCCCUCAAGAAGCAGAAUGGCAAGAUUAAGUACGAAUGCAAUGUUUGCUCCAAGACUUUUGGCCAGCUCUCAAACCUGAAGGUCCACCUCCGAGUGCACAGUGGAGAACGGCCUUUCAAAUGUCAGACUUGCAACAAAGGCUUCACUCAGCUCGCCCACCUGCAGAAACACUACCUGGUCCACACGGGAGAAAAGCCACAUGAAUGCCAGGUUUGCCACAAGCGGUUCAGCAGCACCAGCAAUCUCAAGACCCACCUGCGACUCCACUCGGGAGAGAAACCUUACCAAUGCAAGGUGUGCCCCGCCAAGUUCACCCAGUUCGUGCACCUGAAACUCCACAAGCGCCUACACACCCGGGAGCGGCCCCACAAGUGCGCCCAUUGCCACAAGAGCUACAUCCAUCUCUGCAGCCUCAAGGUCCAUCUGAAGGGGAACUGUCCCCUGGCCCCAACCACGGGGCUGCCUUUGGAGGAGCUGACUCGAAUCAACGAAGAAAUCGAGAAGUUUGACAUCAGUGACAAUGCCGACCGGCUCGAGGACAUGGAGGACAACAUCGAUGUGACCUCCUCUGUGGUGGAGAAGGAAAUCCUGGCCGUGGUCAGGAAAGAGAGAGAAGAAACUGGCCUGAAAGUGUCCUUGCAAAGAAACCUGGGGAAUGGACUCCUCUCAGGGUGUAACCUCUAUGAGUCAUCAGACCUGUCCCUCAUGAAGUUGCCUCCCAGCAACCCACUACCUCUGGGACCUGUCAAGGUCAAACAAGAAACAGUCGAAUCAGUGGAUCCUUAAGAUUUUCAGGAAACAAAAAGUGUCUUAAUUUUGUUUCUUAACUUACGACUUGGCGAGUCAGGGUGCCUGUAGCAGAUUCCUUGUACAUAGACCCAGGGCCGCAAAGCUCUCCCUCACCUGUCUGGAAUUGAAGAAGGAGCUUCAGAGUUACUGAAAUCUCAGGGCAUAAAUGAGCAAAGACAAUAUAUUAUACAUAUUAUAUAUACUUAUUUACACCCAUAUAUAUAUAUAUUUGAACCUGUGUAUUUUGAAUAUUUUGUGUGAAUAUGCAUAGCCUUCCCAUUGCUAAGACUAUUGCCUACCAUAAUUAUUUUUUCAAUGAUAUUAAUCCUUCAUAAUUUAUUAUACAAUUUACCAUUUAAAAAGCAAUAAUUAAAAACGUUUACAAUGACUGGAAAAAUUCCUUGUAAUUUGAGUAUAAAUGUUAUAUAUGUUUGUCUUGUGGCCAUUCUUUGUAAACAAUCUCUGCACAUCUGUUAAAGUACCUAAGAUUUAGUGAUCAAAUACAUGACUUCAGUCAACCUCCUUCUGUAAUAAUGGUUUGAAUAUGAGGUUUUGGUAUUGCCAAAAAUGGACAGUUGAUGUGUUAAUUCAUAGGAUCAUGUCAUUUGAACAGCAUUGUAUAACUUGGGGGUAUGUGUGCAGAAUUACCCGAUAAUAGCUUCCAGUAGAAUAAACAAGAAAGGGAAUCUUGUUUGUGUAUGUAGAUAGUUGAGUUCUUUUCCCCCUAGCCACGGAGUUACUAGAAAGGUGAUAACCUGUCUCCCUCUCCAAAAAGCAGGGUCGCCGCACCCCCAGUCAUGCGACCAUUCAGAGUGGCCCCAUGACUUUUGCAUUCCCACCUUAUUAUCUGAAAAUGUGAAGAAGACAAAAUGCCAUGUUUAAAACCACUGCGAAACAUUUCCAAAGCACAGAUGGUUUUGUGUGUGUGUGAGGGUUAGGGGCUUGAGUCUGGGUGAUGUUUUUGUUGUUGGGUUUUUGUUUUUUUUUGUCAUGUUAAAAUUGCACAAACAUGGUGCUCCACCAGGAAGGAUUUGAGGUAGAUGGGCUCAGGCCACACUUAAAAAAACAAAAACAAAAACGGGUAUUCUCGUUGUCUUAGGGUCAAAGCGGGUAAUGAGCAUUCCUAUCCCCAACACAUCAAUUGUAUUCUUUCUGUAAAACUUCGAUUUUCCUCAGUAUUUGUGUUUUUACAUUUUAUGGUUAAUUUAAUUGAAGAUGAAAGGGCAUUGCAAAGUUGUUCAACAACAAUUACCUCAUUGAGUGUGUCCAGUCGUGCAGGAAAUGAGGGCUUAUCUAAUGAUUUGCUACUCCAGACGAAACUUAAGUGUUCUCCGGAAAGCUAGAACAAGGCCAUUCUAUCUCUUAACUCUGCUUAGCCCGAAGAUUACAUGUUGGCAUUCAAGGUGUAGCAAAGAAUGAUGUAUAUUUAUAAAUCUAUUUAUACCACUAUACCGUGUAUAUAUAACAUAUUUAUAACCACUUAAAUUGUGAGCCAAACCAUGUAAAAGAACCUACUUAUCCUAAGGGUAAGAAAAGAACAAAAAAAACAAAACAAAACAAAAAAAAAACCCUUUCUGAGACUUUCUUUAGCACUCAAUGACCUCACAAUCAUAUUGAUGAGCUUGGGCCCCCCACACUAUUUGUAAAAGACCCUAAAACCUUGGUACAAAGGUGGGGACCGCAUAACAACCAGGGAAAAAGAGAGAUCGCUUUUUUGCUGUUAAGGACAAUCUAAGAUGGCUUUAUUUUUGUUUUGCCACAUUAUGAUUAUGUGGUCACACCCAACUCAUGGGAAUAAAAAUUCCAUUAUUACUCCUUUACUAUUGUAAUUUUUUCUCUUCCUCUCCCUCCUUCCUAAAUAGCUGAUGUGUAUCACUAGUCAAUGUGGCUUAUAUGUAUAUACGCAGCAUUCUGUUCAUGGCACCUAAUGCCAACCUGCAGAAGAGAACAAGUUUAGGAUAAUCCAGGGAAACCCAAGAGCCUUACUGAUCUGUUCCCAUAAGGAGCAAAACUGGCAGUGUAUUAUGUAUCAGUAUUCGACAAGCUGUCCUUAACUACAGGUAAACCAAAGCAUCAUGCUGACAUGGACACCAAAUGCUUUCUGUUUCCAACCGCUCCUUUGUCCUCUUUUCCCGCUUCUGUGCUUGCUUAUAUGUGGGGUUUUUACCGAGACCUGCACAGUGGCUUGAGACUUCCUGCUUCUCUGUAGCGUCUGACUUUCCCUCCAAGGCCUCUUACAUGUGAAUGUUGAGCCCACAAUCAGCAGUGGUUCUAUUUUUUCCCCCCUCAAAGUCAAAACUGACCAAAGUUACUGGCUUUUUACUCUGCUAGGACAACAAACUAUCUUAUGUUUACUUACUGGUUUACAUUGUUAUUUAUGUGCAAAUUGUCAAAAUGUAAAUUAAAUAUAAAUGUUCAU